AUGGUCACUACAUCAGUUGAAGAAAUAUUUGUUCAUGAUAUUGAUGAGUACAUCGAAUUAAAUGCUGGGAAAAAUGUACUGUGCGUAACAGAAGAACAUCCAUUCUACAUCGGUAAUGGUAACUUUUGUGCACUUAGAAAGCUUCGCAUCAACGAUUGCAUCUACAAUUUGGUCGAUGGCUGUCUUCAAACAAAGCCAAUCAUAAGCAAGAAAACUAUUGUUGCUCCAGCGACACGUGUCUACAACUUGCGUACUACCAAGCCGCACACAUAUUUUGCCAAUGGUGUUGCUGUUCAUAAUAAGUUAGGUCUAUAUUUUGUCGAUGCGAGCGAUACUGGUGGUCUCAAACGUCAUGAAUGGGGUUCCGAUUGUCCUGAUUUGCACUCAGCGAAUCAUGGCCUUUGUCUUGAGGCUCUGUGUACCAAUACACAUUGUGAAGCCUAUCAAAAGACAGUAAUUAUUAAUAUCGGAUUUGGACAAUUCGAUCUUGUUGGUGGCACCAAAGCUAAUGUAUCGAAGUGCCCAACAUGUGAUCACUAUGCCAAACCGAAAACAUGUGCUUUUAACAAUUGUAAAUGGCGAUGGUGGGGUAUAAAGCAACCUCAAGAUGGCCAACCACCCAAACGAAUUUCGGCAGACUGGAAAGUUGCUGACAAUGCCUAUCAUCGAUUCAACGAAGAUGAAAAUGGAUUAUCUCGAUGGCGGAAAUUAGUUUUCGAAGCUCAAAAGAACUGA